ACCAAUAUUUUUAAACUAUAAGAAGCUUUUUGUGACAUUGAAUCUCAGCCUUCAACAUCACAAUAGUGACGAGAACUCUAUUGAGACAGAGAGAGAGCAAUGGCCGUUGUUGCUUCAGCUCCUGGGAAGGUCUUGAUGACUGGGGGUUACCUUAUUCUGGAGAGGCCUAAUGCAGGACUCGUACUCAGUACCAAUGCCCGGUUUUUUGCCAUUGUAAAACCACUUUACGAUGAGAUCAAGCCCGAUAGCUGGGCAUGGGCAUGGACAGAUGUGAAAUUAACAUCUCCCCAGCUUUCCAGAGAAAGCUUGUAUAAAUUGGCACUGAAAAACUUGGCCCUGCAAUGUUGUUCUUCAAGUGAGUCAAGAAACCCUUUUGUGGAACAAGCAGUGCAAUACGCUGUGGCAACUGCGUAUGCAACACUUGACAAGAAUAAGAAAGAGUUCUUACACAAACUACUUUUACAAGGUCUUGACAUCACAAUUUUAGGUUCCAACGAAUUUUAUUCAUAUCGUAAUCAGAUUGAAGCACGUGGACUACCUUUGACACCAGAGGCAUUAGCUACUCUUCCACCUUUCACAUCCAUUUCCUUUAACACAGGGGAAUCAAAUGGAGAAAAUUGCAAGCCUGAAGUUGCAAAAACUGGAUUGGGUUCAUCAGCAGCAAUGACAACUGCUGUGGUUGGUGCUUUACUUCAUUACCUUGGAGUUGUAAAUCUAUCCUCAUCUAAAGAUCAACACCAAGAAAAGAAGGAUGCUACAGAUCUUGAUGUUGUGCACAUGAUAGCUCAAACUGCUCACUGUAUUGCACAAGGGAAAGUUGGCAGUGGGUUUGAUGUCAGUUCUGCUGUUUAUGGCAGUCAUCGUUAUGUCCGAUUUUCACCAGAAGUGAUUUCUUCUGCUCAGGUUGCAGCAAAGGGAUUGCCCUUGCAAGAAGUCAUUAUUGACAUCCUAAAAGGGAAAUGGGACCAUGAGAGGACUAAGUUUUCCUUGCCACCAUUAAUGACCCUAUUGCUAGGAGAACCAGGAACUGGAGGAUCAUCCACACCUUCAAUGGUAGGGGCUGUGAAAAAGUGGCAGAAGUCUGACCCUCAAAAAUCUCUAGAAACCUGGAGAAAGUUAUCAGAGGCUAAUUCUUCACUUGAAGUACAACUCAAUAUGUUAAGCAAACUUGCAGAGGAAUACUGGGAUGCAUAUAAAUGCACAAUAGAGAACUGCAGUAGGCUUAAGUCAGACAAGUGGCUGGAGCAAGCUUCUGAACCAAAGCAAGAUGCAGUUGUUAAAGCAUUGUUAGGAGCAAGAGAUGCUAUGCUUGGGAUCAGAUAUCAUAUGCGCCUGAUGGGUGAAGCUGCAGGUGUUCCGAUUGAACCUGAAUCACAAACUCAGCUUUUGGAUGCUACAAUGAACAUGGAGGGGAUUUUGUUGGCUGGAGUUCCUGGAGCAGGUGGCUUUGAUGCAGUCUUUGCUGUUACCUUGGGGGAUUCUGGCAGCAAUGUCACCAAAAUGUGGAGUUCACAAAAUGUUUUGGCCUUGUUAGUUAAAGAAGAUCCUUGUGGCGUUUCUCUAGAAAGUGGAGAUCCACGAAUUAGCGGAGUUACAGCCGCUGUGUCUUCAGUUCAUAUUGAAUAAGCCCAUAUUUGUAAGCUAGCAGAAAAAGAACCUUUAUUGAAUGAUGAAAGUUGAUUUAGAGCUGUUGUAAUUCCUGUGAACACUGUACAAUAAAAUAAGUUAAUUAUCCAAAUGAAAACCAUUUUCAAAUCUUAGUUUAUGCUCUCCAUUCCUACUGGCCA